AAGAAAGAAAGAAAGAAAGAAAAAAGAAAACCUACCUAUUCAGCCCUGUCCCGUUCGUUUCAGCUGAAGAAUGAAUACGUUAGCUAAUACCUUCUCCGCCGAGUUUCAUAGGGUGCAUUAGCUGUAAAAGAAGACAUGUAAAAUGCGACGAAGGCAAGCCAGCUUGCGCAGAAUGCGAGCGCCUAGGACUGAUGUGUGAGGGCUACGCACCACCCAGAGCCAAAGCCCAAUCACAUCGGCCUGAACGGCUGCUGCUCCCCAAACCGAAACUAGCCUCCAUAUUGGAGUCAUCUAGCAAGACACUUGCCACGUCAACGCCACCUCAGUCUAUACAUCUUCGCCCUCUAGCCACACCGAUGCCCAGGUUCGGGUUUGAGAUGAACGAGGAGGACAAGUGGUAUUUCACGCUGUUCAGAUUCCAGAUCGCUCACGAGCUCUCGCCGUAUUACCCGUCCAAGUUCUGGACCCAGACUUCGCUCCGAGAUAGUCUGACCAACCAAUGCGUGCAUCACUCGAUUCUCAGCAUAGGCGCGUACGGCCGUGCCCUCAUGGACUUCCGCAACGAGCCCACGGGCAAGGUGUUCCGAACGUGGCGGCCCCCGGCGGUACCCAACCGGCACCACCAAGCGGCGCUCGUCCACCACGCCAAGGCGCUUUCUCACCUACGGUCUAACAUCAGGUCCUACGGCAUCGACGGGCGUCUGACGAUGGCCGCCACGCUCCUGUUCAUCGUGUUCGAGAACAUGCAGGGCAACUACCACAGCUCGGGGAACCUGAUCCGCAGCGGCAUCAAGGUUUUGACGAACAUGCGGAACCGGGGCAGCGACAGCAGCAGCGGCUCGCGGUCGAUCCUACGACGACAAUGGCACCGGUACCAGACAGCGCAGCAGGACGAGGUCGACGAGAUGACGAGCAUCUUCCUGCGGCACAGCGUGCAGUGCGCGUACAUACCCUUCGCGCACGGCAAGUUCGCGUACCACAUCCUGCUCACCGAGGACGAGGACGAGGACGAGGGCGAGGAGGACGACGCGGCCGUCCCGCUCGACAGCCCGUUCACCUUCUCGCCGCCGCAGACCGUCGAGCAGGCCAAGCACAUCUGGGACCACCUCGAGGUGCGCAUGGCCAACUUCCUCAGCAAGGCCCAGUGGUACAAGGCCAGCCCGCGCUACGCCUUCGACGAGGCCGACGCCUACGGCGAGCAGGCCAUGUACCUGUCCAUCCUGAGCGAGCUGGGCGUGUGGCUCGCCUCGCUGGCGUAUCACGCCGCCGACACGCGCAACCACCGCGACACGAGGGGCCUCGAGCUGCUGCGCCUUUGGCACAGCGUGGCGGUUGUGGCGGUGUCCUGCUGCCUCGACCCGACGGAGAUGGCGUACGACAAGUUCCUCCCCGACUUCGACGACAUCCUGCACCGCUACCGGCUGUUCGAGGAGUUGCCGCCCCCGGCAGACGCGCCCGCGAGGAUGGGCUUCACGAACGAGGUCGCCAAGAUCCCGAUCCUCGCGUUCGUCGCCGCCAAGUGCCGCGUCGCCCGCGUGCGCAGGGAGGUGGUCGAGCUGAUGGGCGAUUUCGACAGGCGCGAGGGCGUCUGGGACGGGUUCAACGCGCUGAGCGCUGUGGUUGAUAUCAUGCGGCUUGAGGGCCAGCUGGACCACCACACCCACCCCCACCACUCCCAGCACCAGAAUCAAAACCAGCAGUCGUCGUCUUCGUCCUCGUCGGUGUCCGUGGCAUCCUCGUCUUUGUCGCCGAGCCAUGCGGCGGAGGAGGAGGACGCGGCUGUGGCGGUCCCGGCGGAGGCGAGGUAUACCUGGGCCAACACGUUCUGGGACUUUGAGAAGAGGCACAUGAAUGUCGAGUACAUCAAGGUGCUCCCCAACGCCCUGGGCGAGUUCGAGAGGGUCAGGUGCGUGCUGGGCUCCUGAGGUGAAGGGGAGAGCCUGUGUGUGCAUGCGUACCCACCUAACAACCUAUAUCUGCCUACUACCUACUAGUUGAGAGGCUCGGAUUUGGAGCCAACGUCAUAAUCUAUCUUUUUGAAAAUUAUUGUUUAUUGUUUUCAUAUCUAUCUCGCCACUGUGUUUCUAGCUUAGGUGUUUUGGGGGGUUAUGUCUUACCUAGGUUAGGUACUGGGCAAGUACCUACCUACCUAUGGGUUUUGGAUAUUAGACACACGCCGAUCUUUUACGAGAAGUUCAUAUCCCGAGUUUGCACAGAUCUACUUUGGGUACUGGGGUACGAUGGGCAGGAGAGGAAAGAAGAGGAGGAAAA